AUGGACGCAGAGAAGAUGGAUGAGAAUGAAUGGAAAUACCACGGGGAAGGGAACAAGAGCCUCGUCGUCUCCCAUAGCCAGCGUUGUGUGGUGCUGCGUUUUCUGAAGUUUUCCCCAAACCGCAAUAAGGCACCAGAGGAAAUCUUACGCCACCUGCAAAACAUAGUAGACUUCGGAAAACACGUCAUGAAACAGUUUUUUGGGGAGAAAUAUGUUCAUUAUGGGGAAGUUGUUCAGCUACCUUUGGACUUUGUAAAACAGCUUUGUUUAAAGAUCCAGUCUGAGAGGCCAGAGUCUCGCUGUGAUAAAGACUUGGACACUCUUAGUGGCUAUGCUAUGUGCCUUCCUAACCUCACCAGGCUGCAGACCUAUCAUUUUGUGGAACACCGGCCAAUCCUUUGUGUGGAGAUCAAGCCGAAAUGUGGGUUCAUUCCUUUCUCUAGCCAUGUUUCGCAGGAGAUAAAGCACAAGGUGUGUCGUUACUGCAUGCAUCAGCACCUAAAGGUAGCAAAUGGAAAAUGGAAGCGAUUGAGCAAAUACUGUCCCCUAGAUCUCUUCUCAGGAAAUAAACAGAGAAUGCACUUUGCCUUGAAAAGCUUAUUACAGGAGGCACAGAACAAUUUAAAAAUAUUUAAGAAUGGUGAACUAAUUUAUGGCUGUAAGGAUGAUCAGGACUCUCUCUCUGACUGGAAUGAACUUGCUCGUCACUUAAAACCAUUCUUCUUUCCUGCAAAUGGGAUGGUCAAUGGACCACAUUGUACAAGGACGAUUAUUAAAGAAUUAAUUCAUGUAAUAACAAUGACUCUACUUAGUAGUACUGAUGCCUGCAGGGCAGGUAACAUGAAGACGGUUCCCAUUUCACGAGGAAGGAGCUACUGUGAAGCAAGUGCUUUCAGUAAGGAGCUGGUAAGAAAUGGUAAAAAUAAAAUGGAGAGCUCUGGCUUACCAAGGGGCUGUCUCCUUUAUAAAACCCUUCAGGCUCAGAUGCUGGACAUGCUGGAUAUUGAGGGACUUUAUCCUUUGUACAAUAGAGUUGAACAAUACUUAGAAGAGUUUCCUGAGGAGAGAAGUACAUCACAGAUAGAUGGACCUUACAAUGAAGCAUUUUAUGAGAAACUUCUAGAUCUUUCAACUGAAGAUGAUGGAACAGAAGCAUUUGCAUUUACAAAGGUUCAGCAGUACAGAGUAGCAAUGACAGCUAAGGACUGCUCCAUCAUGAUUUCCCUUUCACCUUGUCUACAGGAUGAAUGCUCUGCUCAAAGGCCUGUCGUUCUGGCAUCCAAAUCCAGAUUCACCUUUUCAGUUUCUGUCCUGGACCUAGAUCUUAAGCCAUAUGAAAGCAUUCCACAUCAGUACAAACUUGAUGGCAAGAUAGUAAACUAUUAUUUGAAGAAUGUACAGGCCAAAGAUGAUCCAAUGAUGUCAAAUCUGUUCAAGGAGAAUGAAGACUGCACACUAGUUCUCCAUAAAGUGUAACUG